AAUCUUCCAUUUUCUGUGGACAACAAGUGGCGGUUACUGGCAAUGAUGUGUGCAUUCUUUGGAAGUGGAUUUGCUGCCCCUUUCUUUAUUGUCAGACAUCAGCUUCUUAAGAAAUGAAGGGGAAAAACUGUAUUUACACUUACUGGAGUUGAAGUCUUCUAUACAGCAGCUUAAGUGGAAAAAAUAUCUGCAGUUGUGUACCAUGCUGGAUAUGUCUAAAUAAAACUUAAAUCUGAAAUUC